AUGCCUAGCCGGCUCUCUGCAUUCCCCCCAAGCCAUUCUGUGGCACAUGGCAGGCCGUUAAUCGCCACGGUUGCCAGGGACAAGGCCCUCUCAUCUGGAUUUACAGCCAGUCCGCCUGUGGUGAUUCAAUCAGCCUGGGCCAUGCUUAUUGGCUUUACCUUCAACAUUGAUACCGUGUCAUUUGUUCUUCAAGACCACUGUUGCACGGAGAAAAAUUGCCUCAAGCAAAGAAACCACCAAGUCAACUCGCAGCUGAGACAAAUUGAAGUGACAGUAGAUAAGAAGAAACCACUGGAAGAGUUCUUCAACCAUGUUGAAACUCAGUGGGCAGCAGGGUGCGAUGCGGGCGAGCAGAAGAGCCUACCCUAUAUCCUUCAGCUUGGGCAGUGCGGUCUCGGACAGCUUCCUUGCAAAGGUACUGUCGAUGCCAAAUGGGAACAGAAGCUGGAGGGCAAUGUCGCGCUUGUGAUUGCAUGCGCGUGGAAGGCUUCGGAGUUAUCUGUUAUCGGCAGAUACAACGAGCAAAUGUUACGGAUCGCGGAGGUGAAUCGAAUCCUUGACCAAUUCUUGCACCUGGUCAGUGUACUCUCUGAGUCUACCGGCAAAGCAACCUUGGGUAAAUUGCAGGUUUGUGGCCCAGAGGAUAUAUCUCAGAUUCGACAAUGGAACACAAAGUGUCCCGAGCCCGUUAUGGAGCUGGCGCAUGGAAUCAUAACAUCGCAGGCCAGACGACGGCCGGAUGCCCUAGCAGUCAGGGCUUGGGAUGCUAGGCUCACAUAUGGAGAGAUGGACAGCUUCUCAGACAGCCUGGCUCAGCGGUUGCUACUCUUGGGGGUAAAGCCAGAUUCUCUCAUACCAUUCUGCAUGGAGAAAUCCGCUUGGGCAAUUGUCGCGAUGCUCGGCAUCCUUAAGGCUGGGGCAGCAUUCGUCGCCCUCGACCCGGCACACCCCCUAGAGAGACUGAGUGGCAUCCUAGAAAGAAUACAAGCGGAGGUUCUACUCACCUCAGAAUCAAGCAUCGAGAGAAUGAGAUCACUAAAACCAACGGCUGUUGUUGUUUCGCAGCCGGAGCUGGUUUCACCACUGGGCGAUUCAACGCAGCUGCUGAGCACUGUCACCCCCAACAACCUGGCAUAUGUGAUUUUUACCUCUGGUAGCACAGGUGCGCCAAAAGGAGUGAUGAUUGAGCACCACUCGCUCGUUCAGUCCUGCUUGGACUUGGCUGCUCGGAUGGGGUCUUCCAGUGAGACGCGAAUGCUGCAAUUCUCAUCCUUCACUUUUGAUGCGUCUAUUCUUGAGAUCUUUCCUACCUUGUUCAGCGGAGGUUGUGUUUGCAUGCCUUCAGACUCGGACAGAGUUGACAACCUUGUUGUCUAUAUCAACGACAACAGUGUCGAUCUUGUCUUCCUCACACCCUCGAUUGCAAGACUUCUCGAGCCCAGAAAUAUUCCCACCGUGCACACUCUAGUCACAGGAGGGGAGGCUUUCUCUGGGGACACGCUAAAGGCUUGGUUAAAGACUCGCUCAGUAUUGAAUGCAUAUGGUCCGAGCGAGAUUACCAUUGCUUGCAAUAUGGCACAGCUCUCGGUUGAACUACCUACUAAGUGCAUUGGGCGCGCAAUAAAUACGCUAUCUUGGAUUGUUGAUCCAGAUAAUCAUGCUAGGCUGGCACCCCUGGGGUGUGUGGGUGAGCUUCUGGUUCAGGGUCACACGUUGGCUCGCGGGUAUUUCCAAGAUGACGAGAAAACAGCAGCUCUGUUCAUUGAAGCGCCUGAAUGGUAUUCGGAUUUUGAAUUGUUGAAUACUGCUUCCAAGUUUUACAAAACUGGUGAUCUUGUUCGAUAUGAAUCGGACGGGUCCCUACUUUAUAUUGGUCGGAAAGACUCCCAGAUCAAGGUCCGUGGUCAGCGCGUUGAACUGGGGGAAAUCGAGCACCAUAUUUUUGCAACAGGAAUGGUCUCGCAGGCGCUUGUAUUGUUCCCUCCUUCUGGAGUGCUUAAACAUCGGCUUGUGGGGGUUUUAGUACUAAAGGAAGACACCAGAGCUAAUUUUGACGGUCAAAUUCGUCCACUAGGAGAGGAAGCUGGGUCAAGAAUUAACCAGAUCCGCGAUUUACUUUCCAGAUCUCUACCCCAAUACAUGGUUCCCGCCCAUUUGAUAGCGGUCCAAUCAUUGCCACUGCUUCCCUCUGGAAAGGUCGAUAGGAAAUCACUAGUGCGAUGGGCUGAAGAUGUCAACGGCUCAUCUCUCAGGACCAUCGAGACUAAACCUCAAGCCUUGUCGGAGUGUUUUCCCGUUUCCAGUAUAGAGAAGUCCCUCCAGCAGAUUGUGGGUGAUGUGUUAAAUAUUUCUGUGGGAGACAUCGACCUUCAACAAUCAUAUCUGAGCCUGGGGGGCGACUCCAUAUCCGCGAUGCAGAUAGUGAGCCUCUGCAGGACAAAAGGGAUAGAGAUAGCAACAAGGAAUAUUCUCAGUAGCAAGUCAAUAUCAGACAUGGCCCGUCACGUCAGUUUAUCCACCAUACAAAUACUAGAGGACCCGAGCGAAGAAGAGAGUGACGAGAAAUUUGAACUAUCACCAAUGCAAAAACUGUAUUUCAGUCUUGUGCCAAAUGGUGAUAAUGAAUUCAACCAAAGUUUUCUCUUGAAGCUUCGUGGGGAUGUGGAUAGGGAGACUCUCGGUUUCGCUCUCAAGGCAGUGGUUGAGCGGCACUCAAUGCUUCGGGCUCGUUUCACUCGCUAUAAGGGAGAGUGGGUACAAUACAUAUCAAAAGAUGCCGACGCCUCUUAUCUUCUUUUUUCUCAUGAUAUAGGACAAGGUAUAAUGAAAGACAACUUCCCCCACAGUGCGGCAUUGAUGAACGUGGAGACAGGCCCUUUACUCGUGGGGGAUAUCAUAGCAAAAGAUAAAGGGGGCAGGUAUUUAAGAUUAACAGCCCAUCAUCUGGUCAUUGACCUUGUCUCGUGGAGAAUCAUUCUUCAUGACCUGGAAGAAUACCUUACACAAGGCUCUCUGAGUAGAGAGAAACCGCUUUCAUUCCGGAGUUGGCUUCGUCUGCAAGACAAACACCUUUCAAGGGCAGUGCUUCCCCCAGUUCUUCAAUCAUUCGAAUAUGCUCCCCCGAAUCUGGAGUACUGGGGGAUCACAGCAAAGCCUUUGUCGUCAGUAGACACGCAAACGCAUACUUUCACGCUUAGCACAAGUUUGACGGAGCAGAUCAUGAAGUUCUGCCAUUCUUCACUCCGCACAAACCCUGUGGAUAUUAUGCUUGCAGCACUUCUAUUCUCUUUUGGGACAGUCUUCAAUGACCGGCCUCUACCCACUGUUUUCGAUGAGGGACAUGGGCGAAGCUUGGGUGACAAAGCGAUCGAUGUAUCUCAAACGGUAGGCUGGUUCACCGUCUUAUUUCCCAUUUUAGUGAACCCAAAGAAGAAUGGAACAAUUGUCGAUAUGAUUCGUCGUGUUAAGGACUUUCGUAGAACACUAGCGGGGCACGAGACAGCGUUCUUCCGGAAUCAGAUCCUGAAACAAGACAAUUCUCACACGAAUAAUUUUCCUGUUGAGAUAUUGUUUAAUUUUUUUGGCCAGUACCAGCAAUUAGAAAGAGCAGACGCGAUUCUACAACAAGUUCCCAAUGGCAUCGCGGAAGAUCUAGGCCGUCAAGCCCUUGAUGUUGCGAUAUUUGAAGUAUCGGUGCAGGUCGAACGUUCCCAGCUGGGCUUUGCGCUCAAGCACGGGAGGAGACUAAGAUAUCAGGAAAAAAUCACAAAAUGGGUCACGGAGUUUGCUUCCAUUCUAGAAAUGAUGGCCGGAAUCUUGAAAGGGCGUGACUUUGAGUAUACGCUCAGUGAUUUCCCAAUGCUUGCGCUAGACUAUCAGACCCUGGAUACCCUAGUAAACGAUCGUUUGAAGAACCUGAGAGAGAGUAACGGCAUAAUCAUUGAAGAUAUCUAUCCAUGUACUCCCAUGCAAGAUGGAAUAUUGGCAAGUCAGGCGAGAAACUCCAGUCUAUACAGAUCUUCAAUUCGGUGGAAGAUCACGGCAGACAAAGAAUCCAUGGUUGAUAAUGACCGCUUACUUAAAGCAUGGUCCCAGGUUGUAAAAAGACACAGCAUUCUGCGAACAGUCUUUACUCCCAGUUUUAAUCAGCAAUCAUUGUUCAAUCAGAUCGUUCUUGAGGGCUACGAGCCUCUCACAGCCAUUAUCUUCUGUAACGAGGAUGGUGAUUUCAGACAGUCAAAUGGGCGAGGAGCUUCUAAAGAUCAGUUCGUACAUGAGCACGAGCUGACCAUCUAUAGCACUAGCCCAUCGACAACAGUUUGUGAGCUCUCCAUCAACCACGCCUUGUUUGAUGGCGCUUCUGCCCAAAUCAUACUCAAAGACCUAAUUCUCGGCUAUAAAAAUGAGCUUGUCCCACAUUCCGGCCCCCUCUAUAAGGAAUAUGUGCGUUAUCUUACUCAGAGGUCCCCUGCAGAUGACCGGGCUUACUGGGAACAAUAUCUCGCGGGUACCCCCCCAUGUUAUUUCCCAUGCUCAGAGCGAAAACAAUCAGAUUAUGCUGAGCAGGCGAUUAGACUGGACCCUUGUCUCGUUCAGAAGAUUCGUGAGCUCUGUGUACAAAUGCAACUCACUACGGCAAGUGUGGUCCAGUUAGCAUGGGCACUAGUCCUACGUGCGCUCACAGGUUCGGACUCCGUUUGCUUUGGGUGCCUAGCGUCUGGACGGGAUGUGCCUGUGGACGGCAUUAUGGAUGCUGUAGGCGUGUUUGUGAAUAUGUUGGUCUGCAGAUUCGAGAUGGAUGAAGGAGUGUCUUUGAUUCAGAUACUGAACGUGUCAAAGAAACAAUUUCGACUGAGCCUGGAGCAUCAGCAUAUCUCAUUGGCAGAGAUUCACUGCGCCCUCGGGCUGCAAGGGAAACACCUUUUCAAUACGGCAAUAUCAUUCCAGAGACCCAGUUUUCUAGGAGCUACUGGAGAGCUCCAGGUCCAUCAGCUACCAGAUAAUGAUCCCAACGAGUAUGACGUCACGCUUCAUGUGUUUGAUUCUCCCGCAGCUGUAGAUGUUGCGCUCAGAUUCUGGAAAUCUCGAGUAUCAGAGGACCAAAUGCAAGCAACUUCAAAAAUGUUUGUGGCAGCGCUUUCUUCAAUCACAAACGACCCACAACAGGACAUUGGGAGUGUUAGCAUAUCAGACGCUCAUUAUGAUCGAAUCUUCGAGUGGAACAAGAAUAUCCCAGCCCCAUCAAAUCGCUGUCUUCACGAAAUCUUCCAGUCAGUUGUCAAGGAAUAUCCCCAUAACGAAGCAAUUUACUCGUCUCAAGAGUCAUGGUCAUAUCGACAAUUAGAUUUGAUAUCUUCCGCUCUUGCAUUAACUCUAGCUGCAGCAGGGGUUUCAUCGGAAAUUCUAGUUCCAAUUUGCUUUGAAAAGUCAACAUGGGCAGUGGUAGCAAUGCUAGGAGUCUUAAAGGCAGGAGGAGGAUUUGUGCCACUUGAUCCAAAACAUCCACCUGAAAGACACCUUGCCGUCAUCAAAAAUGUGGAAGCGAAGCUUGUUCUUGGAUCACGAGUAACCAGUGCGAUUCUACGUUCAUAUGUGCCAACAGUGCUAGAGGUGUCACAAGAGACUGUCAAUUGUAGCCUCCAGGAUUGUCCAAUGCUUACCAAACAGGCUGUGACACCUUCGAAUGUUGCCUACAUAAUCUUCACCUCAGGGAGCACCGGGAAACCCAAGGGUGUAGUCAUCGAGCAUCGUGCAGUAAGUUCCAGCUGCACAGAACAUGCAGGUCCAAUGGGAUUUGAGAAGUCCUCUCGUGUACUCCAAUUCUCUUCGUACACAUUUGAUGCCUCCAUUGCAGAGAUAUUCACAACGCUCACGAUGGGUGGCACAGUCUGCAUCCCGACUGAAAAAGAGCGAAUGGGGGAUAUUGUGUCGUUUAUCAACAGGGCCCGAGUUAAUUGGAUAUUUUCUACCCCAUCCUUCAUCCGCACUAUCGAGCCAAGAUCAGUACCAACGGUUCGAACUCUGGCUGUUGGUGGGGAAAUUGUAGGGCAAGAUAUUCUCUCUACAUGGGUUCCUAGCGUUACUUUCAUCCAUGUCUAUGGUCCAACGGAAUGCUGCAUAUUUUCCGUAUCUCAUACAGUCAACAGAGAUAAAGGCCAUCGAAUUAUACUUGGUCGAGCUUUUGGCAGUGUCUCCUGGAUUGUUGACCCUAGAAAUCCUGAUAAGCUGUUGCCCGUGGGAUCUGUUGGUGAGCUCCUGCUUGAGGGUCCAAUUCUCGCGCGUGGGUACCUAAACGACCCUGAAAAAACAGCAGCAGCAUUCAUCGAUAGUCCAGUCUGGCUUCAUGGGGCGCGGCGGAAAAUGUACCGCACAGGAGACCUUGUGCGUUACAACACGGAUGGAACUAUGAUGUACAUUGGACGAAAAGACAAUCAGGUAAAGUUGCGGGGCCAGCGUCUGGAACUUGGCGAAAUCGAAUAUAACAUGGGGCUCAAUCUCCCUGAACACAUAGCCGUCGCAGUAGAGCUAGUCGACCGGGCCGGUAUAGAAGGGUCCAAGGCUUUAGCUGCAUUUGUUUGUGAUGCUCGUUGCACCGAAGCUGUCAACAAUGAAGACCUCCUCAACCCAAUGACGGAGUCAUUCCGGUCACAAAUGGAGGAUCUACGACAAAAGCUCGACGCAGUAUUGCCAUCUUAUAUGGUGCCAUCACUGUAUAUUCAGAUAAAAAAAAUGCCACCUACCCCAACAGGAAAGCUCAACCGCCCUCUUCUUCGGCAGUUGAUCGCAACACUUUCUCAGGAAGAUCAAUCAAAGUACUCGCUCAUGAGUGAUGAAACGAGUAAUGGGCCAUCUACCGAAUAUGAAUCGAUCAUGCAAGGUUUUUGGGGGCAGGUAUUGCGAAUGGAGGGAUCCAAUAUCGGAGCAAAUAGUAACUUCUUCCACUUGGGGGGAGAUUCUAUUGCGGCUUUGCACCUCGUUAAUAUUGUGCGAAACAACAAUUUGUCUAUAGGAAUUUCUGAAAUAUUUGGGAAUCCGACUUUGAAGAAAAUGUCUCGAUGCUUGGAGGCUGGGGGGUCUUUGGAUGCAUCUUCUCUUGAGGCUUUUGGGUUGCUAGGAGCGUCACAUUCAAUGACAGACGUUAUUAGCCAGGCGAGUGAGGCUAUCGAAGUGCAAUCGGAGUCAAUCCUUGACAUUUAUCCUUGUACACCGCUUCAGGAGGGGCUAGUAGCACUAUCAAAUAAAAGACCAGGCUCUUACAUCUCUCAGUUUGUCUUCAGCUUGCCAGCACACAUCGAUAUCUGGCGAUUCCAGAAAGCGUGGUCACUCGUUAUUGAAAGGACACCAAUUUUGCGGACAAGAAUCAUUGCUAUAGAGAACUCGAUGUGGCAAGUUGUGAUCUCUGAAGACAUCCAAUGGGAAUAUGGAGAUAAUCUACAGUUGUAUCUUGCACAAGAUCAGAAACUUGACAUGCGACCCCAGUCUCCACUGUCGACAUAUGCGUUGCUUCGAGAGGGGAAUCGCCAAUAUUUCGUCCUAACAAUGCACCACUCCGUGUAUGAUGGAUGGUCAUUACCGCUGUUGUUUCGAAGCGUCGAGAAUAUGUACCAUCAAGAUGGAUCUCAUCAUUCACAGUCUGAGUUUCGUACUUUUAUCAAGCAUGUUACUGAGAUUGAUCGAGAAAGAGGUCGAAAGUUCUGGAGUCAGUUUCUCAAGGGGGCUAAACAAUCAAAAUUCCCACAGAUUCACGAUCCAGAAUAUCAGUUUGUAGUCAACAAAUCACUCAGGGUUCCUAUUGAUAUAGGAAUAGAGACACAGGGUGACUUCACAGCUUCGACAAUUCUGCAGGCUGCUUGGGCAAUUGUUCUUUCACAAAUCACAGAGUCUACUGACAUCACAUUUGGAUCUGUGGUAUCUGGACGCAAUGCUCCUGUACCAGGUAUUUCAGAAAUUAUUGGUCCAACUAUCGCAACACUUCCGGUCAGAGUGAAUUUGAAUAAAAGCCAGCCGAUUUCAAAGUUGCUGUAUGAUAUCCAGCAACAGGCAGCUCAGAAAAUACCUUUCGAGCAAGAAGGGCUACAAAAUAUAUCUAGCGCCAGUGAAGAUGCUCGGGCUGCCUGCCAGUUUUUAAGCCUCUUUGUCAUCCAACCUCUGUUUGUCCAUAGUGGAGCAAUGUUAGGGUGUGAACGUGUGGAAAUGGAUUAUAACAAUGCCAGGGCUACUCCACUGACCAUGGAGUGCAGUAUUGGGGAAGGUCAACUCGAGGUUUCGGCACAUUUUGAUUCAAAUCUCAUCAAUGAGCGCAAAAUGGAGCUAGUAAUCCAUCAGUUGGCACACACAUUCGUCGAGCUCAGUUCCGGUCACCAACGAACUUUACUUCAGAUCACACGAUGCAGCAGCUAUGAAAGGCAACUGAUCAAGAAAUGGAACGAAAAGAUUCCUCGAGCCAUGGAGACGUGCGUUCAUCAUGUAUUUAAAAAACAGGUGUUUGCUUGGCCUAAGGCACCUGCGGUUCAUGCAUGGGACUACCAACUAAGUUAUUCCCAAGUUGACCAAUAUGCCACGGCAUUUGCACAUUAUAUUGUGAGGAUGGGUGUUGGGCCUGAGGUCUUGGUACCCGUUAUCAUGGAGAAGUCGGCAUGGACGAUUGUCGCAAUGAUUGGUAUACUGAAAGCAGGGGGAGCAUGCGCCACACUUGAUCCUUCACAUCCAACAGAUCGUCUGCAUUGUAUCAUUCAAGACACAGAGGCUCCUCUAAUUGUUGUAUCAGCGCAAUAUCGUAACAGGUUUUCUGGACUUGUUGACAACACGGUUGUAGUCGAUAAGUCGUUCCUUGAUGGGUUGCCUUCCCAAAUCGAGGACCCUCGGACAAAUGUCUGUUCUUCCAAUGCCGCUUUUGUCAUUUUCACAUCGGGCAGCACCGGGAAGCCUAAGGGCAUUAUUAUUGAGCAUGUCCAUAUUUGCACAAGCUCGGAAGCUCAAGGCUCUACCAUGAAUAUUGGGUUGGAUAGCCGUGUGUUUUCAUUUGCUUCGUAUGCCUUCGAUGUGAGCCUCGGUGAUACAUGGACAACACUCAUGCGAGGUGGAUGUGUUUGUGUGCCUUCUGAAGAUGACAGACUGAGCAAUCUCGCCCAGACAAUCUCUGAGAUGAGAGCUAACUGGAUAGGAUUGACGCCAACUGUGUCACGCUUGCUUACCCCAGAAUCAGUGCCAACAGUGAGAACUCUUACACUCGGUGGAGAGCCACUUGCUAAAGAAGAUACUGAGACCUGGGCCGGUCAUGUUCGCGUUAUCAAUUCCUGUAAGUCAAGCCUAGAUCCUGUAAGAAUACGGGACACUCUGACACAACUCCUAGAUGGGCCAGCCGAAACAGUGAUUGGAGCCACGAUGAGUGAUCUUUCGGCGGACCGUAGUCUCAACCCGAGGACAGUAGGCCACGGCAUCGAUGCAAACCUUUGGGUUGUAGAUCCCGACAACCAUCAUACCCUCGUUCCAAUUGGGACCAUUGGGGAGCUCUUAAUACAAGGACCAGCCAUAUCCCGAGGGUAUCUGAAAGACCCUGAAAAGACAGCACGGAGUUACCUUACAGAGGCCCCUGCUUUUCUGGCGGAAAGAGAUUUUGGACCAAACCGGACUCAUCGGAUAUUUAGGACGGGGGAUUUGGUGUAUCAAAGCCCUGAAGACGGUGCUGUUAUCUACGUUGGCAGAAAAGAUACACAAGUCAAGCUACACGGGCAGCGUAUUGAGCUCCAAGAGAUCGAAGAGCAACUGGCAUCCAAUUAUGGGGAGGAACACGUUUGGGCAGUAGAAUUGGUUCAGGGUUCUAAGCAAGAGUCCGCCUGUCUGGCAGCGUUUUUUGCCAGUUAUGAUGCAAUUGGAGGGCGAGAACCAGAGGUGAUGGUUGUACCCGUCACGAACGAGGUGCAGAACAGGCUAAGGAAACUCAAAAAACAUCUUGCGUCCUUACUACCAGAAUAUAUGGUUCCUUCGAUGUUCGCGCAAUUGGCAACUAUGCCGUUGAACACUUCUGGUAAAACAGAUCGCACCCGACUUCGCACGCUGGGGGCAGCGAUUUUAAACGAAGCUGGACUCACAUCGAUAGCAGCAAUACCAGGUGAGGGUACAACCACGUCGAAGAGGCUGAUCAAGCGCCAGCCUGUCACUAAGAAGGGGCAAAAGAUGCAAAACCUAUGGAGCCGAGUACUAGAGCUUCCACUUGCCUCUAUUGGCUCUUUAGACAAUUUCUUUGAUCUCGGUGGCAACUCUAUUGUUGCAAUGAAGCUCGCGGCUUCUGCUCACAGGGAAGGCCUCUCACUAUCUGUGGCCGACAUUUUCAAGUAUCCGCAGCUGGAUGAUAUUUCAAAAAUUGUGACCAGAUUUGAUAUCCCCAAAUUGCAGUCUGUAUUUAAGCCAAAACCUGAGGACCACAUGCGUGACACCAUCGCCAGCCAGCUGCCUAAUUAUAAAAACAUCCAACACAUUGCCGAGGCAACUGAUUAUCAGGCGUGGACCGCUAUUCAUGGGAUGAUGGCGCACCGCGGCUUCUAUAAUGACUUAUUUGUUGACUUUAGCGGCGAUUCUGACAUUUCGCGUAUAAGGCAAGCUUGUCACAUUCUUGUUCAACACAAUCCUAUCCUUCGCGCCGCAUUUGUGGGCCAUGAAGAUCGAAUUCUGCUGGUUGCUUUCAAGGAUGUGGAUCUUGAUUUCCAAGUCUAUAAGUGUGAUGGAGGGACCGUUACUGGAGCUCCCCUUUCCUGGGAGCUCAAAACAGUCAAAUAUGGAAAACCGCCUAUCCGCUUUGCAUUGAUUGAGAAAUCCAACUCAGGAUAUCGCUUGGUGAUCCGGAUCUCACACGCACAGUACGAUGGUAUCAGUGUACCGCUGAUGCUAAAUGAUCUUAGGGCAGCAUAUACUGGUCUUGACGGUACUUCUCUCUCAAAUUACUUUGAUUACCUUGAUGAGUAUGCUAGCCGGGAAAAAGUGUCCCAUCUAGCAUUCUGGAGGCAACUGCUAUAUAAGUCUCAUAUGACGCAAAUCGUUGCUCACGAUGGUCUUCAUUAUGCCGGUAAGGCUGAUACGUGUCUUUUCCGAAAAAUAAGUUCACCUGCAGUCCAGGGUAGAACUGGAAUCACCGUGGCCACAAUAUUCAAAGCAGCUUGGGCUCUAGUGCUGUCGAAAUUUUCAGGGCAAAAAGAUGUUACCUUCGGCCAUGUUUCGGCUGGUCGAAGCGCGUAUCUGCCCAGGUUCGACACAACGAUUGGAGCAUUUCUCAAUAUCAUACCAAUUAGGGCAAAGCUCGACAAGGACCCCAAUUGUCAAACAAGCCUCCAGCUCAUGCGAGAAAUCCAAGAUCAGCAUGUAGACUCACUCCCUCACGAGUGGGUCGGGUGGCGCACUAUCCUAAAAUCUUGUACAUCGUGGCCAUCAUGGUCUAGUUUCAGCUCUAUCUUGCAGCAUCAAAAUCUGGAUCACGCUUCAACCGUAACCUUGCCCGGAAUCGCCCGUAUCGGUGCUUCGACUGAUAUCUGGGUUUUAACUACACCCCACGAGAGGGAUGUAGACGUGCAACUUUACUUCUCCUCACAUAUCCCCCUUUGGGCUGCGCAGGAGAUGUUGGAUAAAUUUUGCUCGGUAACCGCGAAGCUCUGCGAUCCUGCCUACGCCAAGAUACCAGUCAACGAUUUCUUUUCAACCCGGAUUCUGAUCCCAUUCAACCCCCUAUCAUCAGGUCGAAAUUGUGAGAAUGGCAUCUCCGACCAGGAGACUAUACAUGACGACGAAAGCUCCGAGCUAUUCCAGAAACUUCGACAUCUAGUGGAAAAUGCAUGGAGUAAGGUGCUUGGGAGACGUGAAAAUAAACAAAACUUCUUGUUAGGUGACUCCUAUCUGGAGUUGGGCGGGGAUCUGGUAACUGCCGGGCUUCUUGCCCAUGUAUUCCAAGAGGAAGGCUAUCAUCGGGCGACGGUAGAGGGUAUUAUAGCCUGGACCACAAUACGUGGGCAGAUCAGAUAUCUUAUAAAGGUAGCAUAG